UCUGCAACUAAAGACAAACACACAACUUGAAGAACAAGAAAGACCAAUUUAUACAAGAGCUGAUGUAUGUCAGUUUUCUUAUGCUACUAGUUUCCUUAUGCGUUACCUUGUAUUGUUUGUUUCCUUAUAUGUUUGAAUCGUUUUAUUAUAAAUACAUCUUUUACCUUUGUGGAUUCAAAGUCGUUCCUUGUCAAAUUAAUAAACGUUCAUAGCUUCCGCUCCGUCAAGAGCUAAGAAUAAGAAAAGAUGAAACUAGUUUGGUCUCCGGACACAGCAACCAAGGCUUAUAUAGACACUAUCAAAUCCUGUGAACUUUUUCAACAUUCUAGUGUAGCAGAGCUUAUUUCAGCCAUGGCUGCAGGGUGGAAUGUAAAACUAAUAGUCGAAACAUGGUCACAGGGUGGAGUUACCACCACAAGCAUUGGCUUAGACAUAGCGAGCCGUCACACCUGUGGAAGACACGUAUGCAUAGUCCCAGAUGAAGAGUCGAAGUUAGAGUACAUCGAGGCCAUGGAAAAGGCCGGCAUGUCACCGGAGGUCAAGGUUGGUGAGCCGGAGGAAGUCGUGGGAGGGUUGAUAGGUAUAGAUUUCUUGGUUGUGGACUGCAGGCAUAGUGACUAUGCAAGAAUACUGAGGGUAGCAAAAUUAGGCCACCGUGGUGCAGUUUUGGUGUGCAAGAAUGCUAGCUCAAGAAGUGGUUCGGAUUUUGGAUGGCCUAGUGUUAUUGAUGGUGGAUCACGCCUCAUGCGCUCUGUGUUUCUACCGGUAGGGAAGGGACUGGACAUCGCACAUGUAGCAACCGGUGGGGGGAGUUCGGGUUCAGGCGAGGGUCAAGGGCGAUGGAUCAAGCACAUUGAUCAACAGUCAGGUGAGGAAUAUGUCAUCCGAAGGACGUUCCAUACAGCAUCAGCAAAUUAAUACUAGAUUUGAUAUACAAUUCUUUUUUUUCCUUUUAUUAUCUUUGGUUUGAUAUGUAAAUGAAACAUAAUUUACUUCCUCCUGAUUUGUUAUUCAAUUUUCUUCUCUCCUUGAAUGGCCUAUCAUGAGGAUUUGAGUUGUACAGCUAACUUUUAAUGAAAAUAAACUAAAGAGCAAUGUG